AGUGACUGUUUCAAAAGGAUAGAAUUCUGCGCCAUUUUGCGCACCAUUGUUCUUGGGUGGGCAUAAUAAAUUGAGUUUUAUUGUUCUGACUGUAUUCGAUUACAGUCGGGUUACUAGUUUUCAAUCUCACAGAAGCGAGAGAAGAUCACGCUGCCGUCAGCAAUGGGUCGGACUGCUUUUUGUGUGCCUCUGGCAAUUCUAUUUUUAGCAAGUGUAAUUCCAUCAAAAGCACAAAGCGACGCGCCCGCGUCCGUCACCCCGCCCGCGCCCGCCGCGCCCGCCUCCGCCUCCGUCCCCAGCGAGGACCUGCCCGAGCUGCUGUACGACGUCAGGGGAAACUUCUCCCUUCACUGCAAGCUGCCCAAUGACAACAGUCUCGCCUACGUUUGGAAGAAGAACGAGACCGACAUCGAGCAGGUGUGGGAGCUGAAGGACCGCUACCAGCUGGAGCGCGGCGGCGCCGAGUUCCGCGUGGCGCGCGCCUACGAGGACGACUUCGGCAACUACUCGUGCGCGCUCGCCGGCGCCGCGCGCGAGCAGCGCUGGGCCGUGCGCGGCCGCCCGCACCUCAAGCUGCCCGCCAACACCAACGUCGUCGAGGGGCAGAAGCUGAAGCUCGUGUGCAAGGUGCUGGGCAAGCCGUACUCGCGCGUCACCUGGGGCUACACCAACUCCACCGACCUCAACGCCAACUACACCGACGCCACGGAGGUGCUCGGCUCGCGCGCCUCGCUGGCCGACAGCGAGCAGGGCGUGCCCGACGGCGUGCUGCUGCUGGAGGAGGCGCAGCGCUCGGACGCGGGGCGCUACCGCUGCGGCGCGGAGGGCGCGCUGGCGCCGGCCGUCACCACGCUGCGCGUCAAGGACAUGUACGCCGCGCUCUGGCCCUUCCUCGGCAUCUGCGCCGAGGUCUUCGUGCUCUGCGCCAUCAUCCUCGUCUACGAGAAGCGCCGCACCAAGCCCGAGCUCGACGACUCGGACACCGACAACCACGACCAGAAGAAGUCGUAAGCGCGUCCCGCAGUGCGCAGAGGGAGCCGCGGCCGAGCGCCGCCGCCGCGACUCGCGAGAUUUUAAGUUUGUAACGAGUUUACCAAAAAGUUGUUUGUUAUUUAGUUGAAAUAGGCGACCCGAAGGUUCGCCGACCGCCGACGUGUCCGCGACUCGUGACACUUGUACAUUCAUAAUUUCUAUUCAGAGUUUAUUUAAGUUAAUAUUAUUAUACUCUUUACUCGACACGGAUGUAGUUAUAUUAAUAUACUAAUGCUUUUAUUACCUGCCGUUACUUCUGCCUGUGUAUAUUUUCUUAGCUUAUGUAAGAUUUAUAUAUGUAUAUACAAUUAAAAGUAUUCGAUAGCUCCCCGAUGACCGCUGAACGUCGAUGAGACACGUGUGAGGUCUCGACUUUAAUGAAACUUAACGAUAAUCACUUCGAUCGAUGGGAGCUGAUCCGUGCGGUCACUGACGCUAUUUAGCGUUUUUCGAAUUUAAUUUUUUAAGUGCGUGUAGAGUUUUUCUGUUUUUAGUGGAUAUUUAACAAAACUGGAAUGUAAAUGUUUGUAAAUUAUCGAAUUUCGACGAAAAAUAAAUGUAAUGUAUAAAUCAAAAACUUGUAAGUAACAAUGCUCAGGCGCUCAAUGUACUGAGCAACUGCGACAGGAGCAGCGGGCGCGGCGGGUCGAGUGCGCGGCGACGGUCGACUCGCGCGCCGUGAACGUGAUGUACAAUUAAUUAUGUUUCCAAUAAAUUAUUCCGGUUA